UACUUUGGCAUCUGAGUCUAGUUCUAUGUAUGAAUUAUGAUCGUUCACGCCAUGACCAUCAUGUGUUCGAAACGAAAAUCAGUGUUUUCACUACCUUCCAAUAGCGAAAAAAAGAAAGCAAAGGUGAACAUAUACUUUCGUGUGCCCCGGCUUGCACUAACACUACCGAAGUACGAUGAUGACUUGCAGCUUGCGAAAGAAUCAAUCCCCUCCACGCACAGCCCGCAAAGCAAAGAGAAUAAUGUCGUGCUUCUGAGAACAUUGCUUCAGGAUAUUAUACAGAGCCAAGGCAUCUCUCAAAGCCGCGGAUUUCAGACCGACGCCGAUAUCUUGACUGCAGCCACUGAGCUCGACGCUGCAUUACAGCGCGCAGCAGGUGCCAUUACGUCUACUACUAAAUGCUCUCAGGAUGCGACACUGCCGCUAGAGACAUCCGAAGCAAAAAUGAAGUCUUGCUUGCCCCCGUUACCUCCGAUAUUGGAUGACGUGCUUGAGAGGGCAGUCUUCACUCACCCAGGUGUGAGCAGCAACAUCGGAGCUACUUAUGAUCGGCUGGAGGUUCUCGGAGAUGCAUAUAUAGAACUUAUCUCGACAAAGCUCAUCUGGGACACAUUCAAGGAUAUUCCUUCCGGUCGAAUAUCACAGAUCCGAGAGAGACUUGUCAAGAAUGAGACCUUGUCUGAUUAUGCGUCUAAGUACGGACUCGACAGCAGAGUUUCCGUACCCCCGGACUACCAAAAGCAACCCAAAAGAUGGCUCAAAACCAAGGCGGACAUCUUUGAGGCUUAUGUAGCUGCCGUUGUCCUGUCAGAUACAAGCAAUGGUUAUCGUGUGGCUGAGGAAUGGCUAAGACAGUUGUGGUCUCCGGAGCUUGAAAAGCUUGGAAAGCCGAAGUCCUUGCAUGCCAAAGAAGCACUUGCGAAGAAAAUCAUGGGCAAGGGGAUUAAACUUAAUUACAUCGAUGAACGGCCUCCUGCUCAGCGCGGCAGGGGGUUACAGACGUAUUUUAUCGGAGUAUAUCUCACUGGUUGGGGUUGGAACCAUAAGCACCUUGGCUCUGGUCAGGGUUCUAAUAAAGCAAUUGCAGGAAAUGAGGCGGCCGAGCAGGCAUUGUCAAAUGAACCUCUAAUCGAAAAGAUCAUGGAAAUUAAGAAAGCACAUCUAGCACAAAGAUAAUGUAUCUCAAUCAG